AUGGCGAAAGCAGCGGCGGUCGCGUUCGCACAAGUGGCGCUUGCGUCCAUGUACGACGGAUGGAGCGUACCCGACUAUUGCAUGGCCACGGACACGAUGACCAAGGUCGCGAUCCAGCCAGUGACUACCACACGAUCGAUGGAGCUGGUCCAAGCCCAGGUCGUGGCCCGCCACGGAGCCCGGGCGCCGUACUCACGUGUGUUUUGCUGGGAAACGGCGGCAAGUCCUGUGAAUGCCGUGUGGAAUUGCUCGACGAGCUCUGUUUGGUCGGAAGACAUUGCGUCCCCGUCGAACAAAAACCGAGGAUAUGGUCGGCUGUACAAGAAACAGUACCUUGACGGUGAAAACGUCUUGCCAGGCACGUGCGCUGUCGGUGGAUUGCUUCCGUUGGGCCGACAACAACAUCGCCGCGUUGGCGAGUUCCUCCGCGACGCAUACAUUGGGCACGGGCCGCACAAACUAUUUGCUUCCAGCAAGUUGAACACGAUUCCCAAGCACCAACUCUACCUUCGAAGCGACGAUGAAGAGCGAACGCUCGGGUCUGGCCACGCGCUGGUCGAUGGCCUCUUCCCUUAUGAUCCUUCCGACGACGUCGACGCCGAGCACAUGUUGACAUGGAUGACCACCGACGGCGCAACCGACUACAUCGACCACAAAAACGAUACCUCGUGCCCCGUGCUGCCUUACAUCGUGGAGCAAGUUCAAGCCUCCCCCGAGUGGACAUCAAGCGCCGCGUCCGUCGCGGCGUUGCAGGCCGCGUUUGAACGAGUGGUCAACGGCACGUUCUCGUGGGACACGUGCUUGGAGUGCCUCAUGAUUGCAAGAUGCAACGACUUGGCCCUUCCCCCCGGCACGACCCAAGACAUGUUUGAUGGCUUGAUUCAACACGUCCAAGCCCGCAAGAAACUCGUUCUAACGUACCGAGACGGAUGGUAUGCCAAGGUCGACAUGCACCGCAUGUGGGCCGACGUCCUCCACCGCAUGGACGCCGCCAUGGCGAACCCCGAAGACGCCCCGAAACUCGCGAUCACCAUCGGCCACGACUCGACCAUCAUGCCGAUGAUGGCCGUACUGCUGGGGGACCGUUGGGACGGUGGGUGGACCACGUAUGCUGGGACUCUGGUGUUUGAACUGUACAAGGAAGAGAAGCGCCAGAUCGACGACACGUCGGCCUAUGCUGUUCGAGUCGUCUACAAUGGAUAUCCCCUGCAGCUUCCGUUUUGUCUUGACGACCUAUGCGACUGGACAGUGUUCAACGAGACCUUGGCGUUUGCACGCGGCGCGCGGUCGUGCUUGGUGCCAACGACCACGUCGCCGCCGCUCCCACAUGUCCAGCUGUGGAAACCGCAUGGACUGCACUGGGCCGCAGCGGCCAUCAUGUUUGGCGCAUCGGCUGCGAUGACAGUCGCCAUGAUGCGAGAACUACGUCAUCGCCAUGAAGACCCAACGACGCGCUAUCUACUCGGCUAACUCGACGAAUUUUGAAUCGUUGCACGCCGCCAUAAAACGAUGCAUUUGUCCCGA